CAGGAGGAGGAGCCGCCGCUGCUGCGGUACAAGUGUCCGGACUCCCCGCUCACUUCCUCGCUUGCUCCCGACACUGUCGCUUCACUAGAACCAGAACAUGUACCGGUGUUUCGGAGAGCUCCUCUCCCGGGGAGCCGGCAGCGUCCUCGGCUCCGGCCGCUCCGCCGCCGCGGACUCGGCUCUCCCGGCGUCCGCGUCCCUGCUGCGGUACCGCGGCUACAGCCAGGCCGUGGACCGGGCCGACGACCCGAACUUCUUCACCAUGGUGGAGGGCUUCUUCGACCGGGGCGCCGCCAUCGUGGAGGACAAGCUGGUGGAGGGCCUGCGGACCCGGGAGAGCGCCGAGCAGAAGAGGAAGCGGGUCCGCGGGAUCCUGAAGAUCAUCAAGCCGUGUAACCACGUCCUGAGCGUCUGCUUCCCCAUCAAGAGGGACAGCGGCGAGUGGGAGGUGGUGGAGGGCUACCGGGCCCAGCACAGCCAGCACAGGACGCCCUGCAAGGGAGGAAUCCGUUACAGUACAGAUGUGUCUAUGGACGAGGUGAAAGCUCUGGCCUCGCUGAUGACCUACAAAUGCGCCGUCGUCGAUGUGCCGUUUGGUGGAGCCAAAGCUGGAGUGAAGAUCAACCCGAGGAACUACUCUGACAACGAGCUGGAGAAGAUCACCAGGAGGUUCACCAUCGAGCUCGCCAAGAAAGGCUUCAUCGGGCCCGGCAUCGACGUUCCCGCUCCGGACAUGAGCACCGGGGAGAGGGAGAUGUCCUGGAUCGCCGACACCUUCGCCAACACCAUGGGACACUAUACUGACCCCCCCACCCUACUAACCUGGGGACCGGUGUCCAAGGACAUCAACGCUUACGCCUGCGUCACCGGGAAGCCCAUCAGUCAGGGAGGAAUCCACGGGCGGAUCUCCGCCACCGGCCGAGGAGUUUUCCACGGCAUCGAGAACUUCAUCAACGAGGCGGCCUACAUGAGCCAGCUGGGGAUGAGUCCCGGCUUCCAGGACAAGACCUUCGUCGUCCAGGGUUUCGGUAACGUGGGUCUGCACUCCAUGCGUUACCUUCAUCGCAACGGGGCGAAGUGCGUCGGAAUCGGAGAAGUGGACGGAAGCAUCUGGAACCCCAACGGCAUCGAUCCCAAAGAGCUGGAGGACUACAAACUGGCCAACGGGACCAUCGUGGGCUUCCCGAACUCGACGCCGUACGAAGGAAGCAUCCUGGAGGCCGACUGUGACAUCCUGAUCCCCGCCGCCAGCGAGAAACAGCUGACCAAGAGCAACGCACACAAGAUCAAGGCCAAGAUCAUCGCCGAGGGAGCGAACGGUCCGACCACGCCGGAAGCCGACCGCAUCUUCCUGGACAGAAACAUCAUGGUGAUCCCGGACAUGUACCUGAACGCCGGCGGUGUGACCGUUUCGUACUUCGAGUGGUUGAAGAAUCUGAAUCACGUCAGCUACGGUCGACUCACCUUCAAAUACGAGCGCGACUCCAACUACCACCUGCUCAUGUCGGUCCAGGAGAGUUUAGAGAGGAAGUUUGGGAAACAUGGCGGCGCCAUUCCCAUCGUCCCCACCUCUGAGUUCCAGGCCAGGGUCGCUGGAGCGUCUGAGAAGGACAUCGUUCACUCAGGUCUGGCGUACACCAUGGAGCGCUCUGCCAGGCAAAUCAUGCGGACGGCCAACAAGUACAACCUGGGUUUGGACCUGCGGACGGCGGCGUACGUCAACGCCAUCGAGAAGGUGUUCCAGGUUUACAACGAGGCCGGCCUCACCUUCACAUAGAGACGCCUGCCUGUCUCUUGUCCGUCUGUCUGUCGGUUGUCCAUCGCCUCUGCAGGACACUUUGCAUACAGCAGCUGUGCGGAUGAAGAGUCUGACAGUUUGUCUCUGACGCUCCUCUGAAUCACAUAUCAGCUCAAAUACACCUGCAGAGAAAUAAAUGAAUAUAAAUAUAUAUAGACAAAAAGCCUUAAUAGCACAGGGAAGCUUUGUCACCAUUUGCCUACACAAACACACUCUGUGGCCAAAACUAUGUGGACACUCGUUCUCACUCCUCAGUGGUGUGUUUCCCAGCCUGAGCGCUCAUUAAACUGUAAACAUUAUAAUCUGACUGACUUUUUUUGUUUAUUAGUAGUGGAUUUAUUUUUUGUCUGCGUCGUCUGAUUCUUUGCUUUGUGUGGGUUUUUUUUUCUUUUUUUUUUUUUUUUUUGUUCUGCUUCCAGUGUCAUGUGAAUUUUUGCUCUUCCUCUUUCUUGAGUCUGUCUUUAGGGUUUCGGUCGGGAAAAACUCCUGGGGCGCCACUUUUCACUGCGACUAAUGAUUACAGAUCAGUGAAUCUGCUGAUUAUUUAAAAAGAUAAAUCUGGUGAAUCCAGAAAGAGUCCGAGGUGACGUCUUCAGGUGUCCUGAAAACUAAGAAGCUGGAGAAUCUUUGCUUUAAAAAGUAAAAUCAGUUGCUGAUUAUCACAAUAGUUAAAGGUGUUUUUUAUUCUCACAUCUAUUCGUCCAGUAGUUCGCAGCUCUCCUGCUUUGUACCAGUUGUGAGACGUUCAACCAAAGACUGAAGAUGUGUUUCCUUGUUUGAAUCAUUUUUCAAACACUUGUUCAAUUAAAGUUAAAGAUUAACUGACCGUUUGUAUAAACACGUGACACCAGACGAGUGGAUGCUGUAGAGUCAGUGUGGUGUUGGGCGUCCACAUACUUCUGGCCACAUGGUGUCUCUACAGCUGUGUCUUGUUUUUAUACGACUCGAUGCACAUAUGCCUCAGGACUUUAAUAUCUGCUGCCUGUGAAGUCUGGUGUUUUAAUUCAACCAGAUUUUACAUUGAGUCUGGCGGCCGCUGGCUUCACUUCAUUUCUGUUUUGCUGUGUUGCUCCUUCGGUCUGCGCUCAUUUACCUGCACAGUUACAUGUUUGAAUAGAAAUCAGGGGCUGAAACUCAGAGAUCUGAAACACUACACUCUUUCUGACGUGUUGGUUCAAACGUUGAGCUCCUCGUUUAGCUCGUGUGCAGUAAAUUGGACUUUAAACCAAACUCCUCUGACAGUUUGCUGGGUUUUCUUCCCUCUCAGGUCUCGACACUGUUGCAGCUAAUGCUAAAGUACAAACAGCAGGACUGAUCUGCAGAACGUUUAAACUUUCUGUCUGUAACUAUGCAAAUAGCUGAGUUCACACGCUGCUAACUCCCGGCCCCUGGAGGAGACUCACCUGUCCGUCCCACAGGGGCCACAGACGCACAAUUCAAAGCUUUAAUCAUCUUUUUACGCAGCAGCUCACGGAGGUGAUUUUGGAGGUGUUUGGUUGUUUUUGUGUUGAUUGUUUGCAGCGCUGCCGCCGCCAUCACCUGACACCUUAAAGACUAAAGUUUCAUCUCUCAGGUGGGCAGGGGGCGGGGCUACCUGCUGGAGGAAGGGGACUUCUGUCCGUCAGCUCUGAUUCAAGCUGUGGGAGUCUGUGAGGGAGCUUUUAUGCCCUUUUUGUUAAAACGGAAUGUUUUAAAUAAAGUUUAAAAAAAAAAAAAA